AUGAUCGUUGGUCGUGUAAUUGGCGUACUUCUGCCAUUCGCACUCGCAAUCGCGGCUGCCAUCUUCACCCUUGUCCCCGCACUCGCAGGCAUCACAGACAAAUCCCUCCACAUCAUCCAGCUCGACUUUGAGAACCUCAGCAUCAGUCCUGCAAGUGAGCUGGUCGACAAGAUCUUGCCACGUGCCGAGACGAUCGAAAAGAAUAUCACAGCCGAAAUUCUUGGUCUUGACAAGACCUACGAUAUUACACUCUGGGGAUACUGUCACACCGAUAAAGAUGACAAGCGAGAGUGUUCAAGCCCCAAAUUUGACUGGGUUCGAAAGACCAUACGCACAAACUACAUCAAGAGUGUCGAUAAGGAUGUUGAGGUCAAAUUGCCGAAAGAGAUCAACGCUGCUAUCCAAACCUUCGGAUCGAUGACGAAAGGAGCUGAAGUUGCGUUCAUCGUUGCUUUGAUAGAACUGGCCAUCGAGAUUGCACUUGGUAUCUUUGCAGUAUGUUCUCGCGAGCUCACCUGUUGGACAUGGAUGGCAAGUGGCCUUGCUUCUGCGUUUGUUCUCGUGUCAGCUGUUCUCUCCGCCAUCAUGGCUUCUGUCUCGAUUGGUGCAGUGGAAACUACAGCCAAACUCUACGGAGUCAAGGGAAAAGUCAAUAUCGUUUUUCUUGCCAUCAUCUGGAUUGGUGCCGCCUUUGCUGUCGCUGCAAACCUCCUCUGGAUAAUACCAACCCUCUGCUGCAGCACUGGCAAGCGAAAUAAUCCUGAAGGAAAAGGGUUGCUCGAGCGCGGUACUCACUCUGGAGCUUAUGCCCCUAUUGAUGAUGAUCACGAGAUGCAGCCGACAUAUCAUAAUCGUGGUCUGGCGCCAUCUCCCCGGACAGAUCUUGCCUACGAGCCCUACAGCCACCAGGUUUAA